AUGACUGUCUCGUUCAGUUUGUCGUCAAAGCUGCCAAUUGAUACUGAAAAUUUGUUGUUUCGAUUAAAGGGAGGCAUUGAGUUGGAAGGAGUCACCAAUAAAACAGACGAACAAGGAAUCAAAGCAGGCUUUAAGGAAGCCAUGAAAGAACUGAUUUCAAAGGUAAAUUCAGAGGCUUUCGUCCUAAAUGGUCUCGGUGGCUCAUUAUAUAUAUGGCCCAAAACCCAUGCCAGCACACAUUCAUCAGAACUACAAGAAGAUACUCAAUGCAAAGCCAUCUUAAAAUAUGUUACGGUUGAGGUCAGUGACUUACUUCAAAAGGCUUCCAAAAUCCAAUUCUUAAAGAUCGUACCUCUGAAAAUAAUAAAUAUGCAGAUUCUGUUUGAGAUGGCACGGGCUGAUCACACUGAAGAAAUUGUAAUCCAACAUAGGAAGAUGUCACGCAUCCACUUCAAGCUGAUUCUCCCUAUCGAUGUGGUAGUGCUCGCUAAUCCAGAGGAGCCAUGGGGAAAGGUACAGGAUCAGUUUGUGGAAGCAGUUACUGCUCAACUAUCUGCGAUGGACAACUGCAUUGAACGAUAUACAAAUGGAAAGACUGUCCCACAGCCGCAAGCCUUCCACUUUGAACUGCCAGAAAAAACUAUUCUUACGACAGUAAUAUACCCUGCUGGAGUCAGUGAUGCAAUUCUGGAACCGCAACGAAAAGAGUUGCAAAAUGAACUUGCCCUAGACAAUAAACCCUACUUUCGUCGUCCUAUGGUUUAUGUCUUUCCAAGUGCUGAGAUGGAAACUAAGUACUUGAAAAAUGUACAUAAGUAUAUUCCUGCUCCCAACCCUGAUGAGUAUAAGGUUUCUCUAGUGCACGGAUCAUAUACCUUUCAUCACUGCUUGCAGGACAAUGAAAAAGACAAAAAAUGGGGUGCACUAUACCGCUGUUUGCAAGUUGUCAUCUCCUGGUUCAAGUUUCAGGGAUACAUUGACAAACCUGUACCCACAGUUAAAGAGAUUCGGGAAAUGUUGAUAAAAAUGGAUGAAGAAUUUGUCCCUAUUGUGAUAGCAAAUGAAUGGCUUGCACCUGAAGAGAUGAUACCAUUUUUAAAUUUUUUCAAUAUUUUAUGCUCCAGCACUGAAGCACGGGCAAAGCCUGAGGAACCAAUGGAUCUUAGCACUCAUUUCCAAGAACAAGGAACUCCAGUUGUGAUUUGGAAGACUGUGAUGUUUGCUCAACCUAAGGCAUGCAUUUUGCUGGGGAUGGCAGUAAGCGAAGAUCCAAGUGCAAGAAAAGUCCUUAUCUUAGACACAAUGUACAGACAAAGUGAUGACUUGGCCAAGGUAACUGAAAUGGCUGUUGACUGGAAAGGGAAAGAAUUCUGGAAUGAAAUGGAGCAGUUUGGAUUAAUCCUGCCUAAGCGACCAGAGGGUGUUUAA